AUGCAAUAAUUCUAAAGACAAAUGAAAAUGAAUAAUAUUAAUUGCAUUACUUAAAAGAAGGAUUCACAAGUUCCAAAAUCACAGAUUAAGAAAGAGAAGAAAAAUGUUAUGAAAUGA